UGUGCAUAACAAAAAUGCUUUAAAUCCGUUCAAUACAUUCUAUAUAACGACUAUCAAAAGUUUCCGCUCUCCUUGUAUAAGUUGGCAAUACGCGUACAAUAUAUGUAAGGAAACUCAGUCAUGCAAAAGAAAGUGACGAUAAAAAAUGUGAUGUAUGUCAUGAAAUUGAGUGUUCUCCUAAUUUGGAGUUGGCCGUUACCAAAUAAUGCAACAAAAUUAAAAACGUUCUUUAUGAGACUAUAUCAUUUUUGGUGCAUGAUUAUGGUGUUAUGCGUAGAACUGCCAUUAUUAUAUGGCAUUUCAAAUCAGAGAAACAAUCUUACUAUUAUGGUACAACAAAUAGUUUUAGCAAGUGGCUGUAUACAUUGUAUUGGCAACCAAAUUGUUUAUCAUGUAAAAUAUCAGAAAAUACAAAGUGUUAUUAACGAAAUGGAAAAAUUUGUCAAAGUAAUGAAGCCACAUGAAGAAAUAGUUAUUCAACGAUAUGUUGACAAGUGCCUUGCAUUCUACGGAACAACUAUAUCUAUUUUCUAUGUUGUUGUGUUUUUUAUGAUAGUGGGACCUAUACUGACGCAUCAACCAUUUCCAACAUUGGCUGAAUAUCCUUUUGACACGUCUUAUCUACCACUAAAAAUAAUAAUCUAUUUUAACCAAAGUUAUGUCGGGUUGAUGACAUCAGCACAUCUAUGUCUGAAUGCUUUUAAUGCUCUAAUGCUUUGGUAUACAUCGGCAAAAUUUAUGAUACUAAUUGAAGACAUAAGGAAAACUAGAAAUAUUUAUGAGUUAUUCAAAUGUAUUCAAGUACAUCAAGAAUUAAUCGAGUUUGCAGAAGAAGUUACUUCCAUUGUCGGUCCUUUCACAUGCAUAAGUAUAUAUUGUGGCACGUUUAGCGCCAUAGUAGCCUUUCUUGUGUUUGUUACUGAUCAACCUUUAUUACUAAAAUCUCAAUUUAUGGGAUUAAGUCUAAUAACUUUAUUAGAAGUAUACAUGUUUGCUUGGCCAGGAGAAGAAAUAAAAUCCGUGUCAAGCAUAGAUAUGGCACAAGCAGUAUUCGAUAUAUAUCAAACAAAAGAAAAAUCAAUUAAAUUAAAUACAUAUCUGCAGAUUAUGAUAAUGAGAAGUCAAAAACCAACAGUUGUUUCAAUACCCUGUUUGCUACCUGCAUUAUCUCAUAAUUCCUUUGCAACGUUCUGUUCAACUAUAAUGUCCUAUUUUACAACGCUGCGAGUAUUUCUGAUGGAAGAAGAAUAAUUAAAUAUGAUAAAAACAUAAUAUUACACAGAUUUAAAAUAAUAGCUUUAAAUUAGUAUUUGCACAAAAAAAUAUCCUUACUUCGUAGUCUUGUAGAAACAAUGAAAUAUACAAUUAUUUGAUUUAAACAGUGCAGUGUAAUAGUACGAAUGUAUAAGCUAAUGCCUUAGUAUUGAAAUCAAUACAUUAUUAUUGUUUAUAUGUAUAUUAAAUUAAUGUAAAAAGUAUAAGAAUAAAAAAUGAUCAACAAAACACGAUUAAAACUUAUUGUUUCCAGUGAUAAAUUAUCUAAAAAUAAUAACUCAGACUUGAUGAAUUUAACUCAACUGGUAUAAUUUUAUUGGUAAUUAAUUAAAGUAUGAUUGGGUGCAACAUUUUGACUCGAUCCGUCAUUAAGUUAUUUUUAAGUACAGAAUUGACAACUAAAAAUUGCUAAGAAACAUUGCGGUCAAUAAACUUGUAACCGCACAGAUCAUACAAUGUUUCGUGCAUACGAUGUUAACAAGUCAUUACAUAAAAUAAAACGUGUGAAAACUGGAAACAAUAUAUCAGUUACAAGUAUAAAAAGAAGAAAUAUGAUUAUAGGUGAUGAUUAUACGACUACACAAUUCUAGAUACAAAAUAAGACUGUCUCUUGUAACUAAUAUAUUGACUCCGGUUUUCACACGUUUUAUUUUAUAUAAUGACUUGUUAACAUCUUAUGCACGAAAUAUUAUAUGAUCCGUAACUUUGCGGCCAUAAGUUUAUUGAUCGCAAUGAUUCUUAGCAAUUUUUAUUUGUUAAUUCUGUAUUUGAAAAGAACUUAAUAACGAGAUCAAAACAUUACUUAAUAUUUUAAUUAAUAAUAAAAUUGCCAGUUCACCAAGUCUGAGUUAUUAUUUUUGAAUAAAAAAAUAUAAUAUAGAAAGCAAGUAGAAAGCAAUGAUAAGUUAUAGAUACCAAUAUAUAAUAUCUUAAAUAAUUUUGACAAUCCUCCAAUCAUAACUACAUUCGUAAAUGUAAUUAUACAAAUAAUAAUAUUUAGCUAUUAGAUGGAUUAGAAAGUAAUGUCAUUUUUUAUAAAUAAUGUAAAAUAAUGUAAACAGUAAUUUUGUCAAUAUAAUUUAUUAAGUAUAAUCAAAAAUCAUUUUUUAUAAUGAUCAUUCCCUUAUUUAUUGAACUUUUAAUUCCUUUUCCAAAAAAACUAAUUGACUUUAAUUUUUAAAAAUGUAGAUAAAGAGCGACUCAAAGGUCGCUUGCUAUUAUAUAAUUUUUUUGUAAAAAAAAAAUAAUAGUCCGAUGGAACAAGUACAGUAGAAAAAAGAAUAUUUUUGGAAUUCUUUAAUUUUCUUCGUUACACGUCAUUAAAUGUCAUGUUAUCAGAAUCAAGGCUAAUUAACUUUUUUACGAAAGAGAUUAAAAAGUCAAUAAUGUAACUGCCACCAUAGAAAAUAAUAUAAUAAUUAAAUUAUUUAAUAAAUAAUAUAUUAAUUAUAUUAAUACUAUUUAUUUAUAAAAAUGACUUUUGGGUUCCUCUAUUAUUUAACAUCAAAAAAUCGACAUAAAAAUUACUUUAAAUGAGACUUACGUUUAAUUAGGUACUUGCAAAGGAGUCCGAGAGAGUAUGAUAAAAGUGUUAUUUUUAUUUAUUAAUAGUUAUACAAUAUAAGAUACUAUAUAUUUUAAUCAUCCCUAUUUAUUUAGAUCUUCCAUCACCACAAAUUAAGUACACUUUUUAAAAACUUAGUAUUAUUUAUGUGCUAACUUAUUACUGCAUUUUCAAACUCGUAGUAUCAAAUUUUACUUAAUUUGAGUUAUUUUAACGAUUGCAUAGAUCGCCACUGCUCCUACUCAAUAGGAAAAUUAAAUCAACAAUAUAAGUACUUACUCAAUAUUAAU